UGAGCAGGCGCGGUGUGUGGGUUGGGUCGUGGGGAGGAGGGAACUGCGGAAAUAUCAAUUUUCAUCUGUGUUUGUUUGUUUAUCUAUCGUCUGCAGUUAUAAUGGAGCACAUCAGGACCCCGAAGGUGGAGCAGGUGAAGUGCUUAGAUCGGUUUAGCAGUAAGAAGUCAACUACUGGAACUUUGCAUCUUACUACCACCCACUUAAUUUAUCGAGAAACAGCUACAGACUGUUCUAAGGAAAUUUGGAUAAUGCAUCAUCACAUUGCUGUCGUAGAAAAACUUCCUCUGACAGCAGUUGGGUGUCCGUUAGUAAUUCACUGCAAGAAUUUUCGGGUCAUUCACUUCAUCAUUCCAAGAGAAAGGGACUGUCAUGACAUUUUCAACUCUCUACUCAAGCUCUCGCGACCAGUUAAGUAUGAUGAUCUCUAUGCAUUCUCAUAUACACCUAAGAAGACUGAAUAUGAAAGAAUGAUGGGCUGGAAGGUUGUUAAUUUAAAUGAUGAAUAUCAACGUAUGAGAAUCCCAAAUGAUACCUGGCAGUUAACUGAUGUAAACAGAGGUUACAAGGUUUGUGAUACAUACCCAACAGAGCUAUAUGUUCCUAAAAGUGUCAGCAAGCCCAUUAUAGUUGGGAGUUCCAAGUUCAGGAGCAAAGGAAGAUUUCCUGCAUUGUCCUAUUUUUUCCACCAGACGCAGGCUGCCAUUUGUAGAUGCAGCCAACCAUUAUCUGGCUUUAGUGCCAGGUGUCUAGAAGAUGAACAUAUGCUGCAAGCUAUAAGUAAAGCUAAUCCCAACAGCCACUUCAUGUAUGUAAUGGAUACAAGACCAAAACUAAAUGCAAUAGCAAAUCGAGCUGCUGGUAAAGGUUAUGAAAAUGAAGACAACUAUUCCAAUAUUAGAUUUAAGUUUGUUGGGAUUGAAAAUAUACAUGUCAUGAGAGCAAGCUUGCAGAAAGUCAAUGAAGUAUGUGGAACCAAAGAGUUGUCUCUGAAUGACUUCCUGAUUGGCUUGGAGAGUUCUGGAUGGCUUCGCCACAUUAAAGCUGUGUUGGAUGCUGCUACAUUUCUUGCUAAAGCAGUGGGAUGUGAAGGUGCCAGUGUCUUAGUCCAUUGUUCUGAUGGUUGGGAUCGUACAGCCCAAGUCUGUUCCUUAGGUUCUCUGCUGUUGGACCCAUAUUAUAGGACAAUAAAAGGGUUUAUGGUUUUGAUAGAAAAAGACUGGAUCACAUUUGGGCACAAGUUUGCUGAGAGAUGUGGCCAACUUGAUGGAGACCCCAAAGAAAUAUCUCCUGUAUUUACGCAGUUUAUUGAAUGUGUUUGGCAUCUGACUGAACAGUUUCCUCGUGUUUUUGAGUAUAGUGAAACUUACUUACUUGAGAUUCACGAGCAUGUCCAUUCCUGCCAGUUUGGAAACUUCAUUGGAAACUGCCAAAAAGAAAGGGAGGAAAUGAAAAUUCAACAAAAAACCCAUUCCUUGUGGUCAUUUCUUUUGGAAAAUCAACACAAGUAUUUGAACCCACUCUAUGACUGUAAUCUUCCCUGUGCUCAUGAAGUGCUUGAGCCAAACACUGUCUCUUUUAAUUUCAAAUUUUGGCGCUGUAUGUAUCAUCAGUUUGAUAUAACAAUACAUCCCAGGCAAUCACAACUCAGCCGAAUUUUGACCUUCAUUGAGCAGAAUAAUCAACUGGAGAUGGAAGCCAAAAAACUAGAGGAGCAAAUAAUAAAACUGGGUCAAAAACCAUGUGCGGUCUACAGUAGGGAACCUUUUCAUCCAGUUAGCCGAUUAUCACAGAUGCUCAAGGCAUCUGAGACUGUGUGUAAAGAAGAACAGCAAAAAACUGUGGAAAACAACUCAAUUAGAACACCGGAAGAUGGGAACAUUUCUGGAGAUGAAUGCAAAGAACUCAAAGCUACUUUCUCUAAAACUGAGCCUACAUUAGUUAAUUUGGAGUUUGGAAUGGCAAAGAUGACCUGCUGAUUCAGAAUAGGAGACAGUUCUUCGUACACUUGGCGAAGUAUUUGUGGUGAUCAGAUACUGCUAAUUAUUUGUUCGGUAAUAUUGAAAAGGUUUGCACCUACUAAUGGCGAGUUAAGUUUCACUUGAUUUUUGUUCUCAUUACUGAAGUAAAUUUUCUUAAUUCCAAUAGUUGUCAGAUUUAGAUCUGUAACAUCUCAAUGUAGUACUUCAGUUAUUUCAAUCCAAACAAAGGUACUAGAUCUAAAUCAGUAAGAUUUGCACUAUGUUUCUGUUAUAGUAUUUUUCCAACAUAAUUAUAUGAUGCACAAUAAUUAGGACUUGUGGACCUGAGAACUGAUAAGUUUACUUAAUAUAAACAUUUGACUACGUGUUAUGAUUUGGAUUUUGGAUAAAACGUUCAUAAGUGUUGGCAGAGGAUGCACCUAGUGGCCCUUUGAAGUUGAGACACAUACACAAAAUGGUGAUAUUGCUGCAACUUAUUUGGAAAGUUCCUAUUUGCAGGAGAAGUAUGUUACCAUAUUUUAUGACAUUAACAUGACAAUUUCAGCAAAAAAAAGGCCCUAUUAUGAACUAGCGACCUCACAGCUACCUACUAUACAACUACCAAAGUAUGUACCUGCUGCUAGAGGAUCAUAUCAGUACCAGUAUAAUUGAUCCGGUAAGCAAACAACAUGGAAUCUCUCCGCUGACCACUAAAAAGUCAGAUUUCUAAUUUCUCUCCCCUUCUACUCAUCCUCAUGCUGAAAAAUACCAGUUGAUUUAAAAGCUAACCUACUAUCACUUCAUGAUUUUCUGUAUAUUUAGAACAAAUGAUUUGAUGUGAUGCAUUCAAAGGAAGCUAGGUGCCCUGUUCCUGCUGCUGUAAUUUAAGCAUGAUUAUUUAAUAGCAUCGGAGCCUGAUAGGGCAAGGAUGUUAGUUUAAAGUAUUUAAAUGUAAGAGCAGUUUGUAUUGGCAUACCCUUCGGCUUGUUUUAUCAUAUUGAGCAGGUUGAGUCAAUUGUUUAAGGCAGAAACUUACAACAUUUAGAAAUUGCUGUUGAAAUCUAAAUUUUGUUUUUCAAUAGCACCCAUAGCAAAUAUUGAACUGAAUUGAUGUUGUUUCUGAUUAACCUGAAGUGACAGAAGUUGAGAGCAGUUGUAGUAUGAUUCUUAUCACCUUUUUUUUUAAAAAUGUGUCUGAAUUGUUGCUUUCAUGCAUUUUCCCUCUCUCCUCAUCUUGGGCUGAUAGUGGAAAAGAAACAACGCAUUUCUAAUUCUUCUCUGAUUGUAGAACUCGAUUCCCACCAUAAAGAGAGGUUUUUUUUAAAAAAGUGUGAACUGUAGUUCUCUGGGAUAAGUGAAAUGACUAACUUCACGUAUAGAAUUGUGUAAACUAUACUUAUCACUGUACAGUAAAGCAAGCAAGUAUAUUGCACUACCUGGUCAAUUGGUUUGAUCAUGGGUUUUUUGAAAUAUGCGAUUACAUUUUUCUGUAGUUCUCAGUUUGGUAUUUUUUAUGGCCUGUUGUAUUCUCAAACUCUUUCUUUACAGCCAUAGCAAAGCAUGCAGAAAGGGGGGAAAAGACUGUAUGCUGUAGUAUAAAUUGCCCUGACUGUUGUAUUAAAUUUCUCCCAUAAUUAAAGCUUUUUGUUUCUCUGA